AUGGACCGUUUUGGAUCAAUGGCCUUCACAACUAGUGGAUUUAGAUCAUGGAAGAAGGUAAAUGAUGGAAAAAAUUGUGCUUUUUUAAAUCACAUUGGAAAAGAUCCUAACUCAUCACACAAAGUGGCAAUGCAAUGCUAUCAUGAUUUGGGAAACUCAUUGCAACAUCUUGAUAAAAUUAUUGAGAAGCAAAAUUCUGAGCAGGUUGCAAAAAAUCGGUUGCAACUUCAAGUUUCCAUAGAUGCUGCAAAAUGGUGUGCAUUUCAAGCGGUGGCUUUUAGGGGUCAUGAUGAAAGUUUAGAUUCUAACAAUCGAGGUAAUUUUAUUGAGUUGAUCAAGCAUGUGUCUCCUUAUAAUGAAAAAGUGGCUGCUGUGGUUCUUGAUAAUGCUCCUCGAAAUGUAUCUUAUACUUCUCCUAAGAUCCAAAAGGAGAUACUGUCCAUUUGGUCGAGCAAGAUACAAAAGCAUAUUCGAGAGGAGAUUAGUGAUUCAAAAUUUUCUAUACUUGUUGAUGAGGCUCAAGAUAGAUCAAAAAGAGAGCAAAUGGCUAUUGUUCUUAGAUUUGUGGACAAGCAAGGCUAUAUUCGAGAGAGAUUUUUUGACAGUGUUCAUGUGCACGAAACCAAUUCCUUGACUUUGAAGAAGGAGAUAUGUGAUGUCCUUUCUCGCCAUAAUCUUAGUAUGCAAAACAUUCGUGGCCAAGGAUAUGAUGGAGCUAGUAACAUGCGUGGAGAAUGGAAUGGACUGCAAGCAUUAUUUGUUCAGGAGUGCCCCUAUGCAUAUUAUAUUCACUGUUUUGCUCAUCGACUGCAAUUAACAUUGGUAGAAACAUCUCAAGAGGUAAUUCCUAUGGAACAAUUCUUUACAAACUUAUCUCUUCUUAUAAAUUUAGUUUCAUCUUCUUGCAAACGAGUGGACCAACUUAGAGUUGCUAGAGCUGCUAGAAUUGCUGAAUUGAUUGCUAUUGAUGAACUUGAGACUGGUAGGGGUCAGAAUCAAAUGGGUACCUUAAAACGGCCAGGGACUACAAGAUGGGGGUCUCAUUUUAGUUCUAUAUGUAGCUUAUUCACAGAAUAUGAAGACAUUUGCUCAGUCCUAAUUGAUGUUAUCAAUUAUGGAAAUACAUCAACUCAAAGAAGUGAAGCUGACAGAGUUUAUGAUUUCAUGACAUCCUUUGAUUUUGUUCUUAUUAUGCAUAUGAUGAGGGACAUUUUAGGAUUUGCACAAGUACUUUCUCAAGCUUUACAAUGCAAAUCUCAAGAUAUUUUGAAUGCCCUUAAAUUGGUUUCAGUAACAAAGGAUCGACUUCAAAGUUACAGAGAUAACGGAUGGAAUGAAUUGUUCACCAAUGUAAAGACAUUUUGUGAUGCAUGA